GAUGCAUUGUGGAGUCCGUGGCUUGUGGCUCUUGUCUUAUCUGGUCAAGUGAAUAACUGCAACUAUACCUAGAUCCUCACAGACGGAUAAUAACAGAUCAUAAACUGGCCAUAAACAAAUUGCUGUGGCGCGCAGAGUUUCAAAAUAAGUUGAGUGAGGAGAGCGUCGGGGAGCUAAAAACAAUGCCGGGAGAGGCCCGCCUAUUGAAUGAGCGUUAAAUUAAAAGAUCGUUACCCAAACGACGCCGACUCAGUCAGCCACUGACAACGAACCCGACGCCACGAGCGAACGCGACGGGUAAAAAACCAAACGAAUCGAAACGAAAACCUAAAAAGCUAAUUACCAGCGACCAUAAAGGCCAUUUGGAAUAUUAACUAAUUAAAGCCAGCGAAAUGCGCGACGCGACCGAAGAUCAGCCCGUAGCCGUCUCCAUGCCGGCCUCCGAGUCCGCCUCCGCUGGAGGAGCGCCGUCCGACCGCCGACUGCCGCGGCGUCUGCUCAUGGAGCUCUUGGUGGUGGUGAUACUCGUCAUCCCCAUCUGCGUGUACGAGUUCGCGGUGGAUCCGGUGCGGCGAGGCUUCUUCUGCGACGACGAGAGCAUCAGCUACCCGUUCCACGACAACACCGUCACGCCCGUCAUGCUCGGCCUGAUCGUGGGCCUCCUGCCGGCCGUGGUCUUCGUGGUGGUGGAGUACAUGAGCCACCUGAGGGCAGGGGACAUCUCGGCCACCGUGGAGCUGCUGGGCUGGCGGGUGUCCACCUGGUACGUGGAGUUGGCCCGCCAGUCAACCUACUUCUGCUUCGGCCUGCUGCUCACCUUCGACGCCACCGAGGUGGGCAAGUACACCAUAGGCCGCCUGAGGCCGCACUUCCUGGCCGUUUGCCAGCCGCAGCUGUCGGAUGGCAGCCUGUGCUCCGACCCGGUCAAUCUGCACCGCUACGUGGAGAACUACGAGUGCGCCGGCGAGGGCUUCACCGUGGAGGAUGUGCGCCAGGGCAGGCUCAGCUUCCCCAGCGGGCACUCCAGCCUGGCCUUCUACGCCAUGGUCUACGUGGCGCUCUACCUGCAGCGGAAGAUCACCUGGCGGGGAUCGAAGCUGAGCCGCCACUUCGUGCAGUUCGCGCUGGUGAUGGUGGCCUGGUACACGGCCCUCAGCCGCGUGAUGGACCACUGGCACCACUGGUCCGACGUCCUCUCCGGAUCGCUCCUGGGCGUGGCCGGCGCCCUGAUUACCGCCCGCUUCAUAGCCAGGAUGUUCGACGAGGGGGUGGACAGCAUCCUGACCAGGGGUCUGCGGAGGGAGAACACGGCGGCCACGCUGCAGGAGGAGGUGUGCCCCACUACGCCGCCGCCCUACUCCGCGAACAGCAGCUUCAACGAGGAUCAGUACUGCUCGAAGGUUUAAGAUCGAACCCUCGCAGUCAUGUAAAUUCGAAACAUUCCAAAGGUAGCAAUAAAGAAUAGAUGUACCAGCAGCCCGUGUUGAAUCUGUAGUAUCCAAACCUCGUUAUAGAGCAUUACAGUUAGGAAUCACCCAUUUGUAUAGUUCGUAUGAGUCUGUAUCCGCAAUCCCAUCUUACGUAUAAGUCACCGUAUUAUUUGUGUAUUUAAUUGGUACCAGUAAAAUAAAUAAUUAUAACGAAUAUAACGCAUA